AUGGGUGGCUUAGGUUCAAGAUUUCAAACGGAAGGUUAUAGAUUUCCAAAGCCAUUGAUCAAUAUUGUUGGGCGACCAAUGUUGUUCUUCUUGUUGGAUCGACUAAAAUUAGAGCCAGAGGAUAAACUAUUUGUUGCUUUAUCACAAGGUAUUGAAGAUGAAUUUCAUGUUGGUGCACAAAUAAAGAAAGAAUAUCCACAACUGGAUUUACACGUGGUGAUAUUAAAAUUUCAAACAAGAGGAGCUGCUGAAACCUUAUUUGUUAUUUUACAAUCUGUAAGUUUUAAUCACAUUCGAACAUUAGGAGUGUCGAAUUUUUAUUUAGAUGGAUUCUGCACAUUUCGUGCAUCUGAAAGCUCAUGCUGUUUUUAUUUCGAAGACAGAGGGAAUAAACCUGUUUUCUCAUACUUGGAAAUGGACGAAGAUAAUGUUGUUCACGCUGUAAAAGAGAAAGUGCCUAUUUCUACACACGCAAAUACUGGAGCCUAUGGAUUUUCUUCUGGAAACGCGCUUCUUUCCAGUUGCGUUCGUGUGUUAGACGUUGGGGUAGACACGAGUGGUGAAUAUUAUAUUAGUAGUGUUAUUACUCAGAUGCUAUCAGAAGGUCUCAAAUUCAUUGGUAUAUUUGUGGAGGAUUUCAGUUGCAUUGGCACACCAUGGCAAUUGAAAGAAUUUUUAUCAAAGGUAACCCAUAAUCCUUCCCUCAUUACAAAAAAACGAAGAUUUUGUUUUGAUUUGGAUGAUACCUUGGUGACGUCUCCUGUUAUCGCAGGAGAUUACUCUACUGUGGAACCAAAGUGGAGAAACAUUCGUUUAGUACAACAGUUACACUCCGCUGGUGCAGUUAUGGCAGAUGUUGCGCUAGUUACUUUCGACAAUAUGAAAAAAUUUGGCAUCCCAUACGACGAAGUUUACUUUGGUAAACCAUGGGCUGAUGUUUAUGUAGAUGACAAAGCCGUUCAUGCAAUGCUGGACACAGAAAAAGAAAUAGGAUGGAGUUUCGCGGACGAGGGAAAUAGCAGAACGCGUACUGCCAUUGCAGCACGUUCCUGCAACAAUGUUCAAAUCAGAGGCGACACUGUGAUAAAAACCUCUAAUAGCAAUAAGAUAGUUGGUGAAGUUUAUUUUUAUGAGCAUAUACCAAAAGAAAUAAAACAUCUCUUCCCACGUAUUAUUGAAUCACUUAAGAACGAAGCCACAUCUACUUAUACAAUCACUAUGGAUAAAAUUGAGGGAGUUACAUUCUCUCACCUUGCCACGUCCAGAUGUCUGACAAAAGGACGAUUUAUAAAAUUAUUAGAAGCUCUGCGAUUUAUUCAUUCAAGUCAAGCGCAUCUCGAAGGUGAUGAAAAAUUAACAGAAAUGAAAACAGCUUGUAUUUAUGCUAAUGGUGCUAGUAAAGUUCGUGCAAGACUACAUCAACAUAAAGCAUUGUAUGAACAGCUUGACAGUGAUGUGCAUUUGACAGUAAAUGGAAUUUUAAACUCAUUGGAUGCAUACGAACAAGCUGAUGCUGGUGUUAGAGCGGCGGUUGUACAUGGUGAUCCUGUUUUUAGUAAUGUGUUAUUAGAAAAAGGUGGUGAGAUUCGACUUAUUGAUAUGCGUGGUAUGUUGGGUGAUGUAGCCUCAAUGUGUGGCGAUGCUCUCUAUGACAUUGCAAAAGUUUUCCAAUCUUUGUGUGGUUAUGAUUUCGUAUUACUAGAUUUACCGAUGGCAUCGAAAGAUGUUGAAAUUCUUGCAGAAUUAAAAGAAAUUUUAAGAUCAUUUGUUCGUGAUCUAUUAAAAGUUGGACAUACAGCUCAAUUUCGUAUCUAUCAAAUUUGA